CAGUGAGCAAUAGGUGCCUUUGCAUGCUUUUCCUGUGCAUCGCUCAGUUGAAGGGGAGGGAAUCUUGCUUUUUCUUUCUCUCUCCUCCAAGCAUCUCCUAACAAGAUAAGUGAAUGAGCAAAGGGUUCUAUAGCUCUGUUGCAUCUUUAGCUGGCCAGUAAAUGAGCUGUAAUCUGUCUCAGUGGAUUAAAGGAUGCCCCCGGUCAAUGGUCACUUCAAGUGAUGGACGUUAACACAGAUCAACGCAUCCCAUGGAGUCAUUAGCAAAGGGAGUUUGGAGGUUUUUCUCUCUGGAAUACCACAGCAUUCACUGCGGAGAAAAGGAAAGAGUCGAUCAAGCCCAUGCCUGUAGCUGAGAAACUUGCAGGUCCUACAAGUCAGCUAAAAGCUAGCUGGAACCCUCCUUUUGGAUCUUUGAAACGAAGAAAAGUGAGACAUUGUGAGCCUGCCAGCUCUGCGCACAUAAAAAAGGGGACUGAAUCUGUACCACAGUGGAGUCUUUUAAAGCUCUGCACAUAAUUUGUUCAAAUACAAAGGCAGCAUUUGAAUGGUGGCUGUCACUCUCUGGAAAAGGGAGGGUAAGACACUUUUUCAAUUAAAUCAUUUGCUUAAGAAAACAUUUUUUUUUUGUUUUUUCUUUACAUAAUCAAAUAUGAAACAAAGUCACAUUAUUUUAGCCUUUUUAUUUUUCUGAUACUUAAUAUUGCUGACUUAAACUGUUUAUGAGGAUUUGGAUAUGAGCUGUGUAAAAGAAUAAUGUAGAAAACUGAAAUAAAGAACAUAGCAGUGGACUUCUCCACUUUAUCUGGGAAUAUCCUUGCUCAUGGAUUUCCUUCUUAUGAGGCUCUGUUUAAACUGGCUGUUAAGGAAGCCCCCAGGAUUGCUACUCUGUACACUGGGUGUCUUUUUUAAAAUGCUUCCAGCCGUGGAUAGUAUGUGCCCAAAGCUCUGUCGGUGUGACGGCAGGCUUUUGUACUGUGAGUCGCUGAAUCUGACAGAGAUGCCUCAAAACCUAUCCGGCAUAAUGGGCUUGUCUCUGCGGUACAACAGCCUUUCGGAGCUGCGUGAUGGACAGUUCUCAGGGUUGGUGCAGCUCACGUGGCUUCAUUUGGAUCACAAUCACAUCUAUUCAGUAGAAGGGGAUGCCUUUCAAAAACUGCGGAGAGUUAAAGAACUCAUUCUGAGCUCCAAUAAAAUCACAGAGUUGUCUAACACCACAUUCAGACCUAUGCCAAACUUGCGCCAUGUGGAUUUAUCAUACAAUAACCUACAGUACUUGGAGCCAGAUCUAUUCCAUGGCCUGCGGAAGCUGACAACUCUGCAUCUGCGAUCAAAUGCCAUCAAAUUCGUGCCAGUCCGAAUUUUCCAAGACUGUCGCAGUAUGCAGUUUUUAGAUUUGGGGUACAAUCAGUUACAAAGUCUUGCUCGAAACUCUUUUGCUGGUUUAUUUAAACUCACUGAACUGCAUCUUGAGCACAAUGAUUUGGUGAAAAUGAACUUUGCCCACUUUCCACGACUCCUGUCCUUGCGCACCCUAUACAUGCGAAGGAAUAAGUUAUCAAUUGUAGUUAACUCAUUGUACUGGACUUGGAACUUCUUGGAAAAACUGGAUCUAUCUGGGAAUGACAUUGAGUACAUUGAACCACAUGCAUUUGAAAGUGUGCCUAAUCUGCAAUUUCUUCAGCUAGACUCAAAUCAUCUCACCUACAUUGACCAACAAAUCCUUGACUCAUGGAAGUCCCUUACUAGCAUCAGUCUUGCAGGAAACACCUGGGAAUGUAAUCGGAAUAUCUGUGCAUUAGCCUCCUGGCUAAGUGAAUUUAAAGGUCACCAUGAUGGAAACUUGCUUUGUUCCACUCCUGAAUAUGCACAGGGAGAGGAUGUUCUGGAUGCAGUUUUUGCAUUCCAAUUAUGUGAAGAUGAAGGAGAUUCUAGAAAAAUGACUGAAAUUCCCAGAAUAUCAAGACAUGGGGAAAAUGCAUUAAAUAACAGCCCUACUACUAUACCUUUUGAUAUUCAGGAUACAGAAGGAGAAGAAGCAACAGAUACUAUAACAGUAACUGUGCCAAACCAUAUUUCCGAAAGUACUGUACGGAUUCACAAGGUGGUCACCGGUACCAUGGCUCUCAUUUUCUCUUUCCUCAUAGUGGUUUUGGUACUAUAUGUUUCAUGGAAGUGCUUCCCAGCUAGCAUGAGGCACCUCAGGCAAUGCUUUGUAUCACAACGCCGAAAACAAAAGCAGAAGCAAACCAUGCAUCAAAUGUCAGCCAUGUCAGCCCAGGAGUAUUAUGUUGAUUACAAACCUAACCACAUUGAAGGGGCCCUGGUUAUCAUUAAUGAAUAUGGAUCAUGUUCCUGCCACCAACAGCCAGCAAGAGAAUGUGAGGUGUGAUUUUCAGCAAGGGAGAAAAAUACAGUGCGCAACCAAAUAGCAGAGGACACACACAGAGAGACAGCCCAGUGGAAUUUAUUGUGAGUUUGGAUGCAGUUGUUGAUCCAGGCUGUUAAGGGUUCUUUUUGCAAAGACUAUAUAUUUUAGCUUUAUACUGUACUGAAUCACCAGGAUGUUACCACACAUAAAUGGUGAAAGCUGUCAUGCAACAUCUGUCAUUAUGCAGGAAAAUACAUCUGUAUAAAGGUGCCAGUUAUUCAAUUUUUUGUAAACUAAGAUGUUUAAGAAAAAAAAAAUAAAAUAGUAUUUACAGUA